CUAAACUCCACAUAUGACUCGCGAAGGAAAUUGAGAAAUGAAAGAUGGAAGACGAACUGAACGGCGUCGUUCCAUGUUCAUCCCUCGCCGUCGAAUCCACCAUUCGCGUCGGAACGGCCGGCGCUUUGUGGGGUUUGUGUAUGGGUCCGUACAAUUCUCGUAAAAAUGGCCUGAGUGGCGUCGACCAUGCUGCUUUCGUGGCAAAGUCUGUUGGAAAAUACGGAUUUCAAUGUGGACUUGUUGCUGGAGUUUUUACUCUGACUCACUGUGGGAUUCAAAGAUAUAGAAGGAAGAAUGAUUGGUUGAACGGUUUGAUUGCGGGCGCCGUGGCAGGAGCAGCAAUUGCUACAAGGACUAGAAGUUGGUCACAGGUUGGUGGGAUGGCUGCCCUUGUUUCUGCCUUCAGUGCUGCAGCUGAAUAUUCAAGAUCACUUUAGUAUACCUCUUGUUGGCGUGAGGAUGAAUUCAGCAACUGUUCUUUCGCUAUUUCAGCCAAGUCGUUUGCUGUGUCCACAAAUAUUGAUCUGCUGAAGGAGGAGGGACAUCAACCUCAUUAUGUUGAUUCAAUCUUGACAAUUGCGGCUAACUUCCGGUAAGAUAAGCCAGAAAUGAUGAAAUAUUAGUUCCUGAAUUCCUAAAAUCCUGAUGUAUAAUAUACAUACAAUAAACGUUUCAGCCUUCACGUGACCUGCAUUUUUAGUGACAACUAUAUCAGAAGAUGAACAUUAUAUAUAAAAAGUAGCUGAUAGUCGCUUUCUUUGUUUA